CACCGGGUCAUCCAAUUGGUGUCUUGUAGGCAUGGUGAUUGGUUGAGCAGAAAUAUGGUUUGGGUUCCGCUUAUAUACAUUUUAUAUAAAUACCACCCUGUACUUACUUGCCAGUUUGCAUUAAGUGAUGAACUGGCAUAAUUUAAUGAGACAUUUACAUGCUAUUGUGUUAGCCCUCAUAUUGUGCAAAAUGCAUAAGUAUGAGGCAGCGCCUGUUGGGCAAAACUAUGUUAUUAUAAUUGAUGCUGAACAAAGCUGAGUCAAUUAGUGGGUUGGAAGACGUGGAAAUUUUGAAGAACAGUGAAGGGAAACCUGUUGUACAGAAGCAAACACCUGGUCUUUCAAGUUUCGCUGGCAAACUGAAUGACAUUCCCGAAUAUAUGUCAUCUUUGUUGGAUGUUGCUGUAAAAAAUAUUCCUACGAGUGCUCAACCCAACACUCCUCUUUUCAUAAUGGCUACAGCGGGGAUGAGGCUUCUUACUCCAGCACAACAAGAUGAGAUUUGGCAAACUGUUCGGGAGUUCGUUAAAUCUCAUUAUCGUUUCGAUUUCAAAUAUUCUGAUGCGUAUACGAUCUCUGGUACUGAAGAAGGUCUGUUUGGAUGGAUUUCUGUAAACUACUUGCUGGGGCGUUUUCGGCCGCUGUCUAAGAGUAAUGAAAUCAUAAAGCAACCCACUGAUGGUAUGCUUGAUAUGGGUGGAGCCAGUAUGCAAAUCGCCUUUGAGAUUGAAUCAACAGAGAACCUACCGAAAGAAUUGGUUUCAGAGUUUUCUGUUAGAGGAAAAUGGUUUUCUCCUGAACAGAAUUAUAAAGUUUAUGUGACAAGUUAUUUGGGAUAUGGAAUGAAUGCUCUUCGAAAACGUUAUGAGGAAUUUCUACUUUACUCGUAUAUUGAACGUCAUGGUUCUCCAACGAAAGAGCUUGAAAUUGCGGACCCAUGUCUACUCAAAGGUUUCGAUGUAACAAAUAAACGUGUCCCACAUGCACCAGCUCUUGAUAGACCUCCAGAGCCAACUAAUGAAACGUUUACUGUCACAUACAAAGGAACAGGAGAUAUGACGCAAUGCCUAAAAGAUGUAGAACCGUUACUACUUUUAAAUGAUCAUUGUACACCGAUUCCAUGUGCAAUGAAUAAUGUUGUUCAACCAAAAACUGAUUUCAAUUCACUUGAAUUUUAUGGUCUUAGUGAAUUUUUCUAUACUCUGGAAACAUUGAAAAUGAUACCACCAGUUCAAUAUAACUAUCACAAAGCAUUGGAGAAAGCUCAGGAAAUUUGUAGUAUGUCAUGGAAUGACUAUCAUGCAGAAUUGAAAAACGAAAAGCCGGAUUUACCACAAGCAAAAUUCGAGACUUUUGUGAGCUUCAAAAAGUUAAUAUGCUUUAAAGCUUCGUAUUUAUUGAGUGCCCUGCAUAAAGGUUUACACUUUCCAGAGAAUUAUGAAAAACUACAACCUGCUCUUGAAAUCAACAACACAGAAUUACAAUGGAGUCUAGGAGCCUUGCUGUACAAAUUGAAGACAAGUACACCAGAAGCUGAACAUAAUCGGAAGAUUCUCUUAGCUUUUAUCAUCAUUACAGCUGUCCUGUUCACAUUAGCCUUGCUCAGUGUAAUCCUCUAUUUCAUAUUCAAGAAAAGAUGUUCACGUACACCAAAACCAGUACAAACAUCAAUACAACAAGUUGAUUCUGUCAAUACAACAAACACUCCAAAUACCGACGUCCAUUUAACCAAUUCAAAAGAUACCAAUAAUAACACUAAUAAUACUACUGAUUUCCAUAAUAAUAAUAUUAAUAAUGAUACUCGAUAA